AGUUCAUUUUUAUUUAUGAGUAAUAAAUAAAAACAAAGAGAGUAGGAUGAGAUGAAAGAAGUGUUGCAUCAAUGAAAUUGGAAGAUGAACAUGAAUAUGAACGAUUCUGCAUACAGAGUUGAAACGACUUGUCGUCUUGCACAAUGGAGAAUCGACAAUUUAGCUUCAUGCACUUAUCGCAAAUCCGAUCCUUUCACCAUAGCUAUCUGGAACUGGCAUUUAUCUGUGGAAAGGAACAGAGUUUCUUGUGUUAAGUUGUUUCCGGAAGCAAGGAACAAUCUUCCACUUUCAUCUUUCGUCAUUCGCCUGCUUAGUUCUGUCAAAGAUCGCAAGGCGUUGGCUCAAUUAGAGGUAAGAGACAAAUUGCUAAGCAGUAGAGAAGGAUUUGUGUGGGGAAUUGAGGUUCCACUUCCAGGGAGAUUCAUUAUUCAUGUUGAGUUCCUCGAUUUGAAAACUUCAUCUUCAAAUGGAGAAGAUAUUUGUUCCAUUUGGCCUAACAGAAUUAUGCAGCAAAGAUCAAAUUCAGCAGCUCUUGAAUCUCUCAGUCAAAUGUUAAUGGAAGGAAUCCACACUGACAUAACAAUAAAUGCUUCUGAUGGAAGCAUUGGAGCUCAUCGUGCAGUUCUUGCUGCUCGAUCGCCUGUGUUUCGUAGCAUGUUCUCUCAUGAUCUUAAAGAGAAUGAUGAUUCCACCAUAAACAUCUCAGACAUGUCAACUGAAUCUUGCCAAGCAUUUAUAAACUAUCUUUAUGGCAUCAUUGGACACCAAGAAUUUGUAAUGCAUAGAUUGGAACUUGUUCGUGCUGCAGAUAAGUAUGACAUUUGUGAUUUAAGAGAUGUGUGUCAUGAGAGCCUUGUAGAGGAUAUUGAUUCAAGCAAUGUUCUUGAGAGGCUUCAGAAUGCGUAUUUGUAUGGAUUGCCAAAGCUGAAGAAUAGUUGCAUGGAAUAUCUUGUGAAGUUUGGAAAGAUAUUUGACAUUAGAGAUGAUUUCAUUGUAUUCUUGCAAACUGCAGAUAGAGAUUUGAUCACUCAAAUCUUUUAUGAAGUUCUUAGUGUGUGGAAUGGUUUUUGAACUUCUUCUUUCUUUUGAUUA